AUGUGGAUUGACGCAUUAUACAUCAAUCAAAGCGACAUCGAAGAACGCAACCACGAAGUUAAACGCAUGGGUGAUAUUUUUAGGUUCGCCACAAGAGUCGUUGCCUGGAUAGGACCAACCUACGAAGGAAGCACUCUGGCACUAGCGAUGAUGAGAGAAAUUGCUCGGCAUGUAGUCUGGAAGUCAAACAGGGCAUGCAAGCCCAGAUCAGGCUGCUCCGACCCUUCAUGGCAUAAUUUCACAAUCCCACUACGUCUCAACAAGUUCGUCGAAAUCGCCAUCGCAAAUGUGUUCUCCCGGUCUUGGUUCAGAAGGUUAUGGGUUCUUCAAGAAAUCCAACUCUCGAGUCCUUCGUCUGUUAUUCAAUGCGGCCGGGAGAUAAUUCGCUGGACAGAUCUACAGGGCGCGGCCAUGGUGGUGCUCUCAAAGCAUGACGACGGAACGGCGGGAAAGUUGCGGCAACAUCUAUGGGAAAUGUCGAGGAUUUGCUUCUAUUCCAAGGGGAUCAAACUUGAUGACCUUUUCUGGAAAUACCAUGAUCUUGGUUGUCAGCUUCCACAUGAUAGAAUCUACGGUUUGAUGAAUCUCGCGCCAUCAGGAUGGUCGAGCCGCAUUGAACCGGACUACUCGCUUCCUGUUCUGGAUGUCUACAGAGAUGCUUUCAUGGCGUAUUCGUAUCAUUAUGGUCGUCUUGAUCUUCUCCCGAGGACAGGAGUCAAUGGGACAGGAACUCUUUCGUCGGACGAACAAUGGCCGUCUUGGGUUCCGGAUUGGACCGCACGAGUACUCGACACCGUCCCUCCAGCAAAUGGUUUCAACGCGGCGAGUUUUUCCCCAGCACAUGCUGUCCUACGUGAGCCAAAUGAACUCGAAGUAGCAGGCAUUCGUUUAGGUUCAGUUACCCAUACAUAUCGGCUCGAAAUUGAUAGUUUCGCAGACUUGGCAGAGUACUUCAAUGAAUUGGGUCUCGAGAAGAUUAUGGCAAAAGAGUACUUACCGGGUGAGACUGUUCUGGACGCUCAUCUGCAUGUUAUCACCCAUUCGAAGUUUGAGGACCGAAAUCCUUCUAGUGGAUGUCCCACGCUUGAGCAGUUGCGUGAACACAUCCUAAAUCUUGCCCAAUGCAGAGAAAGCCGGUAUGUCUUGACGCAGUAUGAGAGCAAUGUCAUGGUUGGAUUGCAAGACUCGUAUCUUUUCAUCACCGAUGAAGGAUAUCUUGGACACUGUCGCACACGAGGAACGGUAGAACUUGGCGAUCAAUUAUUCAUUCCGCUCGGUUGUCAAACCCCAAUACUCAUUCGAUCCACAACAAACAACAAGCAUAGAAGUCUUGGCGAUUGUUUCGUCCACGGUGUUAUGAGCGGGGAGACUCUUUUGGGUCCUUUACCAGCUAACUACACUGUCCAACGAAGAUCCGGUCCCGACGGAGUUCACCGGACAAAGUUUCUGAACAAUAACACUGGUGGACAUACCAUUGGCGAUCCUCGAUUAAUUUCCAUUCCCUUUCCAGAUGGUUGGCUGUUUCUGAAGUUCGGGAUGGAGGUCGACGAUCCUGACUAUUGCCCUCUCUUUAUGAAUAGUGAAACAAAGGAGAUUGUUAGCUAUGAUCCGAGGAUGACUAUGUGUGCUUUGAUGGAAAGGGGUGUCAAUAUACAGACACCCUGA